UUUCGCUCGUAGAGAAUUUGUCAAAAUCAGAUGGUAUUUCUAGUUCCACAUUAAAAAAACAUCUUUUUUUCGUGCGAUAAAAUAUUGUUCGGUAAUCCCAUUCUGGAGUACGUGCGAAAAAAAAAACGAUUUUCGAAGAAUCCAACAUUAACGGGAAAACAUUAAUAUCGGUUAGCAGUCGUGCAUCGCGAAAAAAUCCACCUUCCGACUCAUUUUCACAAUUAAAAUUUUUUUUCUCGGUUUUGUCGAUUUGCCGAAAAUAUCUUCAGUUCACAAAAAAUCAGUUGUUUCGAAUCAUUUAGCCUGGUAUGUGUGAAUUUCUAUGCGCGUAGUGCUGCGUGUAUGCCAAGUGGUGUUGUGUAGUGUGUUGGUUUGGUUGGUUGGUGCAGUGCAAUGUCUGAUAUUGGCAGCGGCGACGAAGGAGUUUCUGGCCAAAAAUAUAAUGCACCAAAUAUGGAUGGAAGCGGGGACUUCGAGCAGAAUGAUCCAUCAGGUCAGCAAGCCGAACAGGAACUGGCUACGAAAAUGCUGCAAAUUCAAUCAAAACGUUUUUACUUAGAUGUUAAGCAAAAUCGUAGGGGACGAUUCAUCAAAGUUGCCGAGAUCGGAGCUGAUGGUCGCCGAAGUCAAAUAUUUUUGGCUCUAUCAACUGCUGCCGAAUUUAGGGAUCACUUGUCGACAUUCAGUGAUUAUUAUUCAUCAUUAGGUCCACCGAAUCCCGAAAGUGUGCCUGACGAUGGAAAACUCAAAUCUGAAAUGAUGAUCAAAGAUAAUCGACGAUAUUACCUUGACUUGAAAGAGAAUGCGCGUGGACGAUUUUUACGGGUAUCCCAAACUAUUUCAAGGGGCGGUCCACGAUCACAAAUUGCCAUUCCAGCUCAGGGUAUGAUUGAAUUUAGAGAUGCUCUCACCGAUUUGUUGGAAGAAUUUGGAACGAAUGAUGGAGGUUUCAAAGGAGAGCUUCCUGAAGGCCGUCACAUGAAGGUGGAUAAUAAAAAUUUCUACUUUGACAUCGGACAGAAUAAUCGGGGAAUAUACAUGCGAAUUAGCGAGGUUAAAAGUAAUUUUCGUACCGCUAUAACAGUGCCGGAAAAAUGCUGGACCAGAUUCCGUGAUAUUCUAACCGAUUACUGCGAUAAAAUGAAAAAAUCAUCGGAUCCGUCAAAUUCUGCCGAUAAUAAUUUACAGUCGUCGUCAAACAGUCUAAAAUAAAAUAAUAAAUUGAGAGAAUGAAGAAAAUGAAGGCGAAGGAGGAGGAGUAUGAGAGUGACGAGCAGGAAAAACUAAACAAAUUUAAAUGAAAUUUUAAAUUAAAUUAAAAGAGAAAUUUAAAUUAAAGAAAUAAUAAAAAAAAAUGAAAAGAAAAUCUAAAUUGUUUAUGAACAUAAAAUGUUUAUAUUCAAAUAUUAAUUAAUUAAAUGAAUGUUUAUUUAAAAAAAAAGAGAAAGAAAAAUAACAGAAAUGAAUUUACCUAUAACAUUGCAAAUCAGAGAUGAGAAAAUAUAUUUAAAUGAAAAAUAAAAAGAAAAAAAAAUAUUUAAAAAAAAACCAAAAAAAUAUUAUUUAAACAAAAUGACAAACUACACUUCACUGACACACAAACAUACACACAGAGAUUGUAUUUGCUAAAUCAAAUCAACCAGAAUAUAAAUAAUAUAUUUACUUAUUGUACGUAAUUGGUUUUUUGUUGCGUAUUUAUUACCACAAAACAAUUUCUUUUAAAUUUGAAGUCAUUUCGUGCAUUCCUAUGUGGAAAUUCAAAUUUUAAGUCAAAUUUUAAAAAUAUUCAUUUCCUAGUUGAUAAAAUUUUCGUCGUUUUCUUAAAUUGAAAUCGAAAAUAUUUUUUCUUCGUUCAUUGUUAGAAGGAAAUUCAAUAAUUUAUUAAGAUCACAAUUGACACUGUUCAAUAAAUUUAAAUUUUUAUUACUUUGCAGGGUGUAAUUAAAAUGAUCUAAAUUGUACGUACCGCCACAGUCGGUAUUAAAA